UUUAUGUGGGCUUGCAGCUGCCCUCGCUUCGACCCCAGGAAAGGCUGUGUGGGAAGUUCGUGUCUCAGAGCUGUAGCAUUGCUCUGCAGAUUGUCUGGAGCCGAGUGUAUGCACACAAACUGAUAAAUAGGGAGAAGGCCCAGUUCGCUCCAGCUGGACUCAGAGCUGGGAUCACUGCUACAGCCCACGGACUUGCUCUGGAAACAAGAGAAACUCUGCAACUGCUGUAGGUCUCUUUCUAAAACGUUUAUCCCAUAGGAAAGUGAAUGAAACAGUGAGAUUGGGGACAAAACAUGGCAAAUACAUUUGUCACUGUACCAGAUGGGUACUGUCUUGCUGAGCCCAUACAGUAUUACGAUGUUUUACCAGAGCACAUCAAUUACCAGCUGCAAGACACUGAUUUUCAGACUGCACCUUACUGUCAAUACUCAUCAGUUCAAAUUCCUUCUCCAGUACUACAGUCACAACCUUCGCAGUCCCAGUACAGCCCAUACAGCCUGGACUCUCAGUACACUGAUGGGCAAUACAUCAUCAGUAACUGCGAAUUAAGCAAGCCUCCUUUCAUGGCUUCCCACCCUGAUGACAGUGGAUUUCAAGCACUAAAAAGGCCCAGGUUAAAUCACUCUUCUUUGAGAUUGAAGGGACAGGAAGAGCUGUGCGUUGUCUGUGGUGAUAAAGCAUCUGGUUACCACUACAAUGCACUUACUUGUGAGGGUUGUAAAGGCUUCUUCAGACGCAGCAUAACCAAAAACGCAGUGUAUCGAUGCAAGAAUGGUGGUCACUGUGAAAUGGACAUGUACAUGAGGAGGAAGUGCCAGGAAUGUCGCCUGAAGAAGUGCAGAGCUGUGGGAAUGCUAGCAGAAUGUUUGCUGACUGAAGUACAGUGCAAGUCAAAGAGACUCAGAAAGAAUUUCAAACAAAAGAGCAGUUUACUUUGCAACAUAAAACUGGAAGAUGAGGGACUGAAUAGUAAGCAUGUAUCAUCUACAACAAGAUCUGGAAAAACUGUGGAGAAGGUGGAACUCACUCCAGGGGAACAUCAACUUCUUGACCACAUCGUAGCAGCACACCAAAAAUACACAAUUCCCCUUGAGGAAGCAAGGAAGUUUCUACAAGAAACCACAAGUCCUGAGGAAAGCUUUCUCCAUCUCUCUGAGACAGCAGUUGUCCACGUACAAGUGUUAGUGGACUUCACAAAAAGACUCCCAGGAUUUGAAAGUUUAGCUAGUGAAGAUCAAAUUGCACUGCUAAAAGGGUCAACAGUUGAGGCCAUGUUUUUGUGUUCCGCUCAGAUAUACAACCAAAGAAUUAAUGAAUGCCAGUCAUCAAGUGAAAGUCACAUCAGACGCUCUGACCACACAACAUGCUGCCACGUUCCAAACCUUGAUAAGAACAUGUAUUCAAUUCAAAUGUCUCACAGUGAAGAGAGUCCGACUUCGACCACCACCACAGGGAUAACCGAGGAGUUCAUCACCGCGCUGUUUUACUUCUACAGAAGCAUGGGGGAACUGAAAGUCACCGAGACCGAAUACGCUCUGCUCGUAGCGACCACGGUGCUGUUCUCAGGUAGGCGCUUCCCGCGCUGCCCCGCACCCCUCAGGCGGCGGCGGGCGCGCAGUGACCGCGCUGUGCCUCGCGCCCCCGCAGACCGCCCGCUGCUGAGGAACAAGCGGCACGUAGAAGAGCUGCAGGAGCCGUUCCUGGGCAUCCUCUACAAGUACUCGAAGAUCCAUCAUCCCGAGGACCCGCAACAUUUCGCCCGCCUCAUCGGGAGGCUGACGCAGCUGCGCACCCUUAACCAUACCCACGCCGAGGUGCUGGUGACGUGGCGGACGAAGGACCCGAGGCUGACCGCGCUGCUCUGCGAGGUCUGGGAGCUGCACUAGACGGCGCCCGCCGC